AUGGAUUCCGUGGAUUUGUCUUCUGGCUGGUCCUUUAGGGACCGGGAUGCUGAUGAAUGGCUGCCUGUGCCUGCUAUUCCAUCUGUGGUGCAACAGGACCUGAUUGCUAAUAAAAAGCUUGAUGACCCUUACAUUGGAUUCAAGGAGUUGGAUGCUCGCUGGGUCAACGAGAAGUCCUGGGUCUAUCGCAAUGUAUUCUCGAGGCCAGUUGCCCCAGCUGGGUCUGCAAUGGUGCUCGUAUUCGACGGACUAGACACAUUUGCCAAGGUCAAACUAGAUGGCAAGGUCAUUCUCGAAAGCGAGAACAUGUUUCUGGGCCACCGGGUUGAUGUGACCAAGACAUUGGACGCAGACGGCGAACAUACACUCGAAAUCGAGUUCGACUGUGCCCUUCUCAAAGCCCGGGAGCUGCGAGCACAAGACACCAAGCACCGAUGGGUCGGUUUCAACGGAGAUCCAGCUCGCAUGGCAGUGCGGAAAGCUCAGUAUCACUGGGGCUGGGACUGGGGUCCAGUGCUGAUGACCGCGGGCAUCUGGCGCGCUGUCCGCUUCGAGGUAUACAACGCCCGUAUUGUUAGCUUGUGGCCUCAGGUCCAGCUGGCCACGGAUCAUCAAACAGCCGAGGUUACUGCCGUUGUUGAAGUAGAGAGCAUUAUAGACGGGGAGUAUAAAGUCCAGUUGAAAUUGGGGCUGUAUGGCAACGAGAUCGCAAGCCAGGACAUUCCCGUGUGUGGGAAUACAGCUCAAGUCACUUUCCGAGUCAAUCGGCCAGCUCUGUGGUGGCCUCAUGGGUAUGGUGAACAGACUUUGUACGACGUAUCGGCGGUGCUACUUCGCAAUGGGGAAAAGGUCGACUCUUCAACCAAGAUGUUUGGUAUCCGAACUGCUGAGGUUGUCCAACAACCUGACAAGCAUGGAAAGUCUUUCUUCUUCCGCAUCAAUGGAAUGGACAUCUUCUGUGGUGGUUCAUGCUGGAUUCCGGCCGACAGUCUUUUGCCGGCCGUCAGUGCUGAGCGAUACCGAAAAUGGAUAGAGCUGAUGGUGGCUGGAAGACAAGUGAUGAUUCGUGUCUGGGGCGGUGGUAUUUAUGAAGCUGACGCCUUCUACGAAGCAUGUGACGAGCUAGGCGUGAUGGUCUGGCAGGACUUCAUGUUUGGAUGUGGAAAUUAUCCAGCAUGGCCCGAAAUGUUGGACUCAGUCCGCCAAGAGACAAUCUACAACGUGAAGCGCAUGCGCCACCACCCAUCCAUUGUGCUCUAUGCUGGUAACAAUGAGGACUAUCAAGUUCAGGAGUCAGAGGGCUUGACCUACAACUACGAGGACAAGGAUCCAGAAAGCUGGUUGAAGACAGAUUUCCCAGCACGAUAUAUUUAUGAAAAGCUCCUCCCAGAGGUGGUGGCUGAACAUUCACCCAGCACAUUCUACCACCCUGGAAGUCCAUGGGGAGAUGGCAAGAUCUCGUCGGAUAAGACGGUUGGUGAUAUGCAUCAGUGGAAUGUGUGGCACGGAACGCAAGAGAAAUAUCAAAUCUUCGAUACCCUCGGCGGUCGAUUCAACAGCGAGUUUGGCAUGGAGGCAUUCCCGCAUGUCUCCACAAUCGACUAUUUUGUCGAGAAAGAAGAGGACAGGUUCCCUCAAUCUCAUGUCAUCGAUUUCCACAAUAAGGCUGAUGGUCAUGAACGAAGACUGGCGACGUACCUCGUAGAAAAUCUGCGAACUGCCACAGACCUCGAGACCUACACCUACCUCACGCAAGUCGUGCAAGCCGAGACAAUGAUGUUUGGCUACCGAGGCUGGCGCCGCCAAUGGGGCGAUGAGCGCCACUGUGGUGGUGCCCUCCUCUGGCAACUAAAUGACUGCUGGCCAACCAUCUCCUGGGCAAUCGUGGACUACUUCCUCAAGCCCAAGCCAGCCUACUACGCUGUGAAGCGGGUCCUGAACCCAAUCGCCGUUGGAGUGCGCCGAGAACACCACGACUGGAGCGUCGCACAUGCCCAACCACCAAAGACGAGCAAGUACGAGCUCUGGAUUGCCAGCAACAAAGCUGAGACCGUUCAUGGAAGCAUUGAAUUGCGCUUCCUAUCUGUCAACACAGGCCGUGAUAUCCGAGCGCCGAUUGUACACGAGAACAUCACGAUCACGGCCAAUGGAACGACUGAUAUCAUCACGGAUGGUGUAAUUGACCACAUCGCCGAGCCAGAGCCACAUGUCCUCGCAGCACGAUUGUGGGUAAAUAACCAGAUCGUGGCACGAGAUGUGGAUUGGCCACAGCCAUUCAAAUAUCUCAAUUUGACUGGACGACAGCUGGAGAUUCAGAAACAAGAAGGAGAAGCCGGUGAGACAGUGUUGCUUAUCAAUGCCCGCAAGCCGGUUAAAUGUCUUGUCUUUGAAGAACAGGAGGGUGUUAUCCUCGAGGACAAUGCAAUUGACAUUGUUCCUGGUGAUGAGCAGACUGUCAAAGUGACUGGUCUUGGUAAGAGCAGCCUGAGGUAUCGGUAUUUGGGGCAGGAAUCUUGUGAGGUUGUGGCUUGA